UCUCGGGCUGAGCAGGAAGGAAACCGCUCCCGAGCGCGGCGGCGUCGUCGUCUCCAGGCCGUGCAGCUCCUCCGCGACCGCCCGUCCGCCUGUCGAUCGCCCCUCCGCCCGCAGCAUGAGCGGCCUGCGUGUCUAUAGCACGUCGGUCACCGGCUCCCGAGAAAUCAAAUCCCAGCAGAGUGAGGUGACCCGCAUCCUGGAUGGGAAGCGCAUUCAGUACCAGCUAGUGGACAUCUCCCAGGACAACGCCUUGCGGGAUGAGAUGCGAGCCUUGGCAGGCAACCCCAAGGCAACCCCACCCCAGAUUGUCAACGGGGACCAGUACUGUGGGGACUAUGAGCUCUUCGUGGAGGCUGUGGAACAGAACACACUGCAGGAGUUCCUGAAACUGGCCUGAGCCACGCGGCCCAUUAGACUCCGUCUCCACAUUCCCCUCAGCCAUAGCCCGGCCAUGAAGGACCUUGUGACCAACUCCCUGUUCCUCACUUCUGACCUUGAAGUCCCUCUCCCCACCAGCCAGCCCCGUUCUCACCUUCCUAACUUACCUCCUCUCUGCUCAAAGGCAACAUUCCCUAUCCUCACUAGUCUCAGAAAUUGUCUUAAGUAACAAGCAGCCCAAAUUCUGACUCCUCAGCCAGACCCUGGGGCUGCCACCCUGCCUGGCGCUGGCUGACGGGCACCCUUGUCCAUUCCAUUAGCCAGGGCUCUGCCAAAGGCCCCGAAAUCCCUGCCCUGGGAGCUUCUUAGAAACAAUUAAAUUCCAUUCCAUUCCA